AUGGACGCUCUUGAGUUAGAGUCGGCCAAGCAGAGCCCGGCAGUUGAGACAGCGAAGGAUCUGUUCUCUGGCGCUGUGGGAGGAAUUGCACAGGUCUUGAUUGGCCAACCUUUCGACAUCGUCAAGGUCCGACUACAAACAACCACCCAAUACUCCUCCGCCAUCAAUGCCGCCACUACAAUCUACAAGAACGAGGGUGCCCUCGCUUUCUACAAGGGAACACUCACACCGCUGAUCGGAAUCGGCGCCUGUGUCUCCGUCCAGUUCGGCGCCUUCAACGCCGCAAAGCGCUGGUUCCAGACCCGUAACAACGGCGCCGAAUUGUCUUACCCGCAGUACGCCGCAGCGGGUGCCUUCGCCGGUGUCUCCAACUCAGUCCUUUCCGGCCCCAUCGAGCACAUCCGUAUCCGUCUCCAGAGCCAACCUCACGGUGCUGGACGUUUGUAUGAUGGACCCGGCGACUGCGUUCGCAAGCUCGGAGCACACAAUGGUGUUCUGAGCGGCAUCUACCGCGGCCAGGCCGUCACCAUCUGGCGCGAGGCCUUUGCCUAUGGCGCCUGGUUCACUGCCUUCGAAUACAUGAUGAAUUCAGACGCCGCCCGCAACAAGGUCGACCGCAAGGAUAUCCCCGCUUACAAGAUCGCUCUCUACGGCGGUCUUGCUGGUGAAGUCCUCUGGCUGUCUUCCUACCCCUUCGACGUGAUCAAGAGCAAGAUGCAGACGGACGGUUUCGGCGCCAACCAGCGAUACAGCACCAUGCGUGAUUGCUUCGCCAAGACAUGGCGUACUGAGGGCGCGGGUGGUUUCUUUAAGGGUAUUGGACCUACUCUUGCGCGAGCUAUGCCUGUGAGUGCGGGCACUUUCAUCGUUGUUGAGAUGACCAUGCGAGCUCUUAACAAAUAA